GCCCUGGUGGUGCAGUGGUUAAGAACUUGACUGCGUACCAAAAGGUCAGCAGUUCCAGUCUAUCAGCCACUCCUUGGAAGCCCUGUGGGGCAGCUCUGCUCUGACUUAUAGGGUCGCUAGGAAUCGACUAGGCGGCUAGGGGUUGGGUGUGUAUAGAGAUUGGAGAGAGCUAGUUGGGUAUUCUGAGAAUGUCUCUCUAAGGUUGUAACAUUUAUGCUUAGUGGCGGUGCCAAGUUGUGAUGGGGGGAGUUUCUUUAGCUUCAGCAAUGUGUCAGAACAUUUUUUUUUUUUUUUUGACAAACUGAGUUUUUAAAAAAUUCUGUAGAAGGUGCCUUGCAAACAGUUUUGAGCCUCUUGCCCCAUGUUUCAACCAGACUGCUGCACCAAAGCUUGCCCUGUAUGGAAAAUUUGGAACUGUGAUUCUGAGGACCAGGUCAAGAAGGAGCUAGGGGAAGUUGCCAAGUGAAGGGAACUGCUAGCACAGAAGGGAUAUAAAAUUACUUGGCUUAAUUCAGGAUUGCACAGGAGGUCAGAAUGACUGGAGUUUACUGAGUGAGGAGACUGUCAGAAGCUUUAUUUCAGGACUUAACUUGGGAGACACUUGUAAUUUGCAGGAACCCUGGUGGCACAGUGGUUAAGAGUUCGCCUGCUAACCAAAAGGUCAGCAAUUCAGAUCUACCAGUCACUCUUUGGAAACCAUAUGGGGCAGUUCUACUCUGUCCUAUGUGACCUCUGUGAAUCGAUGGUAACAGGUAUAAUUUCCAAGUAAGUGGUAAGGCUGCUUCCUUCCACCCCCAUCCAAUUUAGAUUCUGUGAUCUAAGUCGGUCUCUCACAGAUAGAUUAUCUUUCCCCUUUUUCUUUUCCUUAAUUAUUUCUACUGUAUUUUCAAUUUUUCCUACUCAAGCCCUUUGCGUAUGCAAUUCUUUUGCUUAAUUGUUUUUUCCUUAAGGAAUCCUUCCUUGUGGCCUUCAAGUAGGGACGGCUCUCCUGUUGACUUUAAGUGCUCUUUUCAUAUCGGGGCAUUUUUUUUGGUAACACUUCUAACAACUGCAAUUCAUUAAGUGUGUGUGGUUUGUUUUAGUGUCUGUUUCUUCCUCUAGAGCUGCAGUUUCCAAUAUGGUAGCCACCAGCCACUAUGACUAUUUACAUUCAAAUUAAUUAAAAUUAAAAUUGAGUUCUUCAGUCUUAUUAGCCACAUUUCAGGUGCUCAGUAGCCACAUGUGGCUAGUGACUAUUGUGUUGGACAAUAGAAAUAUAGUCUUCUGCAGUAAUGGAGAUUUAUUUAAAUUUAUUUGAAUAGUCACAUGGCUAAUGGCUAUCAUAUUUUAUUUCAAUUUAAAUAGCCACACCUGGCUGGUGAAAUGUGGCAAGUCUGAAUUGAGAUAUGCUGCAAGUAUAAAAUGUGAACUGGAUUUCUAGUACCAAAAUGAAUGAACAUAUUUUAAUUUUUAAAAUAUUGGUUACAUAUUGAAGCAAUGAUAUUUUAGUAAUACUGUGUAUUGUGUUAAUUACAAUUAAUUUCACUUGCUUAUUUUAACAUUUUAACAUGGCUACUAGAAAAUUUAAAAUUACAUGUGGCUUCCAUUAUAUUUCUGUUGGACAGUGCUGGUCUGACUGUAGAUUGUAAGUUUCUGCAGUGGUAGGGACCACGUUUGUUUUGUUUACCAUUGACUGUAUCCACAGCAGCUUGUAGUACCUGGCACAUAGUAGGUGUUAAAAAGUUUUGUUGGAUGUGUUAACUAAUUCUGUUAACUUUGAAUGUUAUUGUAUAAUCAUAUAAUCAUCAGAUAAUGUUACUUGUUCAAUUUUUGCUUUUCAGAAUUGUUUUUUUUUUAAUAUUGAGAAAAGAAGCAUUUCUUUUGAUAGCUGCAUAAAAAAUUAUUAAAUAAUUAAUUUGGAUCCUUUUUCUUUUUUAUUUUUUUGCUGGCUUAGACUGCUAAGGAGAGAAGGGGAUCUUAAAGUCUACCAGUUGUGUUUCUGCCCAAUUUUCUGUGUUUAGCAGUUUGUUUAAUUAGAUGAUCUGUGGGUGUGUUGUUUGGCACAUGAAAGUUUGUGACUAUUAAAUCUUAGUUGAGGACUAUGAAUGCUUUGUCCUUUACUCAUACUUUGGUCUACAUAUGUAGGUAAUCUUGAUGAUCCUUUUAGAUUUACACAAAGCAAUUUACUCUGUUUUAUAGAAAGAUACUUCUUUUAUCAUCUUGUUUUAUUCUUUAUUAUCUGUAUGUUUCCUUGAUGUUUCAUUUGUGUUCAUUGUUUUUGGGGGAAUGGGCCAUUAUCAUCCCCACCCCUGCAUAUACACCUUGUAUUUUUUUUCCCUUAAUGAGUUAGAAGAUGUAUGUCAGGGGUAGCAAACACAAAUAUAUACCUCACUUUGUAGGCAAUAUGUAUUUAUCAGGGAAAUAUUUUUCAAAAUAAUGUUUUUUCCCCCAGUAGACUGUGGUUUUCAGACUUUAUUUUUACAUCCUUAGUGAUCCCAUAAAUGUUUUGCUUAUGUGACGGUGGUCCUUUCAUCAACUACUGCAUAAACUACCUAUGGUGCCCAUGGAGAAUGCCUUGGGAUUCGUUUCUGUUGUGGGAGGAACAGCUUGAGCUAUUCUCAGUCCUUUAAGAUUCUAAGAAAAUUUUCAUCCUGCUCUGUACAUAUUCUACCAAAAGUUGUUCCUAAUAGUCCAGAUAUUGAUUAUAUAAGGUCUUUUUUUUAAUCAGAAGUGACAUGAUACCAAGUUGUUCAGUAGUUUGUUCUCUUCUAAAUCUUUUUUAGCUGAUAUGUUUGGAGAGAAAACCUUUGGGUUCCCACAAGGAACACACAGUACAUCCUUUGAAUACUUGAUGUUCAAAAAGUGAUUUUGACACAUACAAUCAGGAGUCUUAGAGCUUUUGCAGUCCUCUUGUUCCUGUGAAGCAAUAUUGUUUUCAUAUAAUCUUGGUUACAAGUUUUAUUGUUGUGGUACUGCCGUCCUUUUAUUUGUUGUUUUCUGCUGCUGAUGAUUUAGAAAUGGAAUAAAACACCCUUAACUUUAACCUCUAUGGCACAUGAAAGAAUAUUUUUACCAUCUCGCAGUUCUUUCAAGUAGGUCCUGGAGAUCUCUGAACAAUUUAGAAUAGCUAGCUCCAUAUUCCUCUUUUAUUUUCUCUUAGGUACGGAUUGAGAGUGGACUGGUAUUAUAUUAGUGCAUAUAAUAUGUGUCUGUUUCAUACAGAUAAUUGACCUUGAAGUGAAAAAUUGAUGUCAGAGUAAAGAUUUAUUUGGUCUCCAUAACUGUUGACCAAUUUUUAGUUGCCAAAUUUUAAGGUUAAAAUGUUUACCAUCUGUUUUUCUGUAACCCGGUAAAAUUUCUAGCCAUCUACAACAUAUUUUCCACACGUUUUAUGCUCUACUUCAAAAUAUGUAUUCUUUCUGCUGAUUGCUCUGGUACCUCUUCUUGUUUCCAGUGUUUUUUUUUUGCAAGAGUGUCCUCACAGAGGAAAGGAAACCUGAACUUGACUCACAGUGCUGGGCAUUCAAAGCAGUGAAUCCUUGCAAAGGAUCUUGGGACUAGACCUCUGUGAAUUGGCUCUUUCAAUUUGUCCACUUAAAGGGCAUAAUAGAUUAUGCAGCUGUUUGGGCUUCUGCAGGGUAUUGCUCCAUAUUCAUGUCAGGUUGCAAUUAUGUGAAUUUUCAGUUUGUUACAGACUUCUCUUUGUAUUCAAAACAAGUUUGUUGGCUUUGUGUUGUUCUAAUAUACGAAUUUUCUUUGAGGAAAAAUGGCUUCUAAGAAUUUGAAUUUUGAAAACCAUAAAUUUAAAUAAAAAGCCUUUAAUGUAUAUUUAUUGAACAAAUAUUUUUAAAAGAAUUCACUCUAAUUUGCUUUAUUUUUGAAUUUUUAAAAAGGACUCAGUCAAAAUUUUUUGGUAGAGAUGAAAAUUAUACUUUACUAAACAAAUUAAAUACUAUUGAAUUGAUCGGAUAAUGAUUAGUAUUUGAGUAAUAUUUGAUGGGCCAACCCAAUAAAAGGUAAAUGGUUCUAAUGAAAACAUAUAAACUUACAUAGUAAAAUAUAGCAAACUUAGUAAUGUAUAGUGACUGCCUUUUUUUUUUUUUUAAGCAGAGUGCCUGGAUAGUAUCUCUGUAGACUCUUGUAGAAAAAAUACCAUUUAAUGUAUUUUAGGACUUUAAGAGGAAUAUACCGUUCAGCUGCACCUUAGGGUGCCCAUGUCACCUUGAAGUAAUGCUCAAGGAGGGUGCAAGAUAGUUAACACCUUUUUUUUUUUUAAUAAACAACAACAAAAACUUCAGCCUUUCUAAACUUUAUACCUGAACAUGUCAUUGGAAUAAGUUGCCUUUCCUUCUAGGUCUUCAUUUACAGUGGAUAAGCUUUAACCUUGACAAAACACUCACAUGUCAGAAUUUGAAAGAUAGCUUAGAAAUGACUCUUUUGCUUUCACUAUCUUAGCGCAGUAUAUUUUGACUUAACGUUAUGGUCUUACUCUCUUUAAGUCUUAGAGAAAAAACAUUUUGUUCCUUUUUUCAGCAAAAUUUUGCAGUAAAUUUUCUGCUGCUGUUUUAAAUUUUUCAGACAAAAUAUGAGCUCUGUUGAAAAAGGAAUCUGUCUUUUUAAAGCCACCUUCAUGGCUUUGUAAAAAUAUGAAAUGAUUUAGAUUAAAAGAAUUACAUUUUAAACAAUUGGUCACUGAACUGCAGAUAAAGCUUCUUCUGUGAGACUGAUUUGUGUUACUUAUAUAUUUUUCACCUAGACAAAAGAAUAAGCAAAUUUUAUAUGAUGGAAAAACUGAAACAUUACUGACUGUUUCUUUAAGAAACCAGCUUAUCCAGGGGGGUUUUAGUGUGUUUAACCUAACCUGCUACCAAGGAAAAGUUCUUUAAAAUAAUGGAUAUUAGCUGUAUCCAAUCACAAUUAUCUGUUUCACUAACAGGGAGGAGAUUUUACUCUUUAGCCACUAGAAUUGGAGAAGGUGGAGCUUGGUAUUCAGGUUUGGUUGCCUUGGAAGUACAGCUUCAAGUGAAGUUAAUCUGAGGUGAAGCAAACAGAAAAUUGUGGAGGUUUUGUUGGUAGGAUUUUUGUUCUAAUCUUUUAAUGAUUCUUUAUUUUACACUUUUCUCCUUUAUGUUUCUGUGCUUGCUAGGUUUUGUCAUUGUUUCUAUUUUCUGAUGCAAACUGAACAGUAAAAUUAAGCAGGGAAGCAGAACAAAAGGGCUGUUUGGACAGGAAAUAGGUGUUCAGAGAAUCAAACUUGACUUUCUUCUAUCAUUAUUUUCAGUUUAGAAUUUGAGUGUCAUUUAAAAAAAUGGAAUCAAAGUAAUUUCCAGUAACAGGUUUUUAUCCUGGACUGGAUGUUUGAGCAGUCAUUUGUCAGUUUUUAUAAAUGACAUCUUGAGGUCUAUCGGCUAUGUCAUUUUCCUUAAACUUAAGCUGUUAUUAAGUAGACAAAAGAGAUAAGGGUGCUAGGCUUAAAUUUGCUCUUUUUAAGGAAUUUAAAUGCCACCUGUUUUUCUUUUUUGCUUCAGCCCCCUUUUAACUUCGGCAUAAUGCAUUUUAAAUUUAGUAAUCUAUUGACAUUUUUAAUAUCCUCAUGGUUUUAGCUUUGUUUUUAAAAAGUUCAUUGAUUCAUUUCCUAGAGAACAAGGUAAAACUGCUUUCUCCUUCAUUCAUACUUUUCGUUCUGUCAGAGCUGGAGAUAAGUAGUUAACAGCCUUUUGAUACAGGAAAUGAAUGGAUUUAUAUUUUUAAAAACUAUAGGCAGGCUACCAAAACUUAGAAAAAAAGUAUCUAUGACUGUAUUGACAUUUCUUACUUAGGGAAUAAUUGUAGUGUGUCUCAGUACCAGAAUUUUUCUUUACAGACUGUUUUCUUUAUAUUAUUGCUCUUUGCUCUGAUAGAGAUUAAGGUAGAAAAGUUGUUCUACAACCUCUGCUACUUGUUCCAGAGCACGCAGAGGUUUUUAAAUUACCGCUUUCCUACCCUAUCUAUUGCUUAAACAGUAUUAUAAUAAUAAAAUCAAGAAAAAUUACCAACAGAUCCACAAAAAGAUCAUUGUGUAGUGGUCUCAUUUUUCCCUUUUUCCGUCUAUACUUUACCAUAUUUGUAUUUUCCAUAAUUGUAAAUAAGUGCAGUUAUAUAUAUAUUUUUUUCACUUAGACGUAUCAGUUGUUUUAAUUUUGAGAGCUUUUAAGUUGAUGGACCUCAAUUUACCUUGUCUUUUGCCUCUUGUACAUUUAGGUUGUUCCUGAUUUUCACCAUUUUAAAAGGUAUUCCACUGAACAGACUUCUGUAUGUAGCUUUAAAAUAUUUUCCUUUUUUUAAAGAUUUAUUUCUUUUGGAAAAAUACCCUGGAGUGAGCUUUCUAGAUCAAAGGGUAUGAACACUUUAGUGGCCAAAUUGCUUUUUAAAAGGUUAGGCCAAUUUAUAUAGUCACCAGCAGAAUGUGCUUCAGAAUUUCUCUAAUGGGUAGCUCCUUAAAUUUUCUGUUAAAAUGUGUCUGUGAAGUGCUCGGAAGUGUUGAUUGGGUUGUAUUUUAAACUCCAUUUGCCAAGAUGUAGAUGGAUCUAAAUCCAUAUUCUGGACAUUAAAAUCAGCUAAAGGAAACUGAACAUAUUUUUUAUAUGUAUUGUUAUCAGUAAGUAGGGGGCUUAAUAUUUUAUACUGGCUAUAGGGUCGCUAUGAGUCGGAAUCGACUCCAAGGCACCGGGUUUUGGUUUUGGUGGUUGUUCAAGCCAGCUUUCCUUAGUAUGUGCUUCUUCAUGUCAGAAGAAAUAUUUUCUUCCAAGAAAAUCUAUCAGAAAUGUCUUUAGAGAUGGGGCUAGAGUAGUGCCAGUUAAUGUUACUUUUACCUGUUUCUGAACAGAUUUGAAUAGGCUUUGUGGCUACGUGUGCAUUUUGAAUCUUGAUUUUUUUUUUUAAUAUGAUACAGAAAUGGAGAAUUAACAUGUAUCAUUCUAGGUUUUAAAAUGGUAUGUCAGCACCUUUCCAGUAUUUCAUUGGUUUUCAGUUAAAGUAGGAUAACACAUAGAUACACAUAAUGAUUUUGGACAUAGUUUGUUUCUGUUUGUCUUUAAGAGCAUACUUUGUUUGGCAGUGGCUGCUGAUUAUGUAUAUACUCUUAAUAGCUAGUCUGUUAAGUGGAACAGGCUGAAACAGUUUGGGUUUAUAAACUAGUUGCCUAAUGUUCCAGAAUAGAGUAAAAAAAAAAAAUUUUUUUUUAAAGCAAAAUUUAAGACAGGAGUAUUUAAUUUGUUAAUAGGAGGCAGAUGAUAAGCCAUGAGUGUGUGUGAUCUUGAAUUAAAUACCCUAGCUUAUUUUAUAAUUUAAAUAAAACUUAUUUUCUGUAAAAUUUUAUUUCAAUUUAUUGAUAGCUUAGUUAUGGCUAACUUUUAGAACUAAAGUUCAUAUGUUGAGCAUUGUGCUUGCUAAGGGAAAUUUUUUUUUUUUACUAUCUAUUUUGUUUGUCAUGGCUGAAGAGUUUGAGUUUUCCAGACACUUUGAUUUUCUUAACGUUUGUAAUAGAAGAGAAAACUUAAAAUUGUCUAUUACUGAUUUACAGGUGUUUCAUCACUUUUAAUCAAUGAAAUCAUUAUUAGGAAAUACAUUAUUGAUGUAUUCAAAUUUGCUGUGUGUCAGAAAUUUAUAUAGGUAAUCGCUAUUCAUAGUAUAACAUGAAUUUCAUUUGCAUAUUUAAAACUUGUGUUGGUGCUUAAAUAUUUGUAUCACAGACAUUUCCCUUAUUCUGAAUUUGAGAACCGUAUCUGAUUUUCUUCUUAACAGAGUUUAAUUUUAUGGUAGGUAGAGGUGAAGAUAAUUGUAAAUAGAACAAUUUUAGUGAAGGUCAUUUCAAGUUAGGCUGUACAUUAAAUUUUAAUGGGCACCCACGGUAAAGAUUAAUCUACUGUUGCACUUUGGAGAACACUAGAACUUUGAGUUCUAGUAUCAACUGUACUGGUCCCUGGUUGAUAGAACUAGGAUGUAUCCUUUUAGUAGGUUGAUUUCAUAGGAAGGAAGGGUGAGAACCAGUUUUCUGAAUAUCUUGAAUUGGUCUAAAUGUCAUAAUAUUGGGAUAGCAUAUGAACAGUGAUAGAUAGAUGUCUUUUAUUCUCUUAGAAUGGAGGGAAAAAAAUGAUCCAUAGGGGAUAUUAAAUAUAUUCAGAGUCUCUGUUGUUAAUUGCUAUUCAAGGGAAGUGCAGUGAUUUUCUUUUUCUUGCAUAAGGAAUAACAUAAGGAAAAAUGUUAAAGGAUAGUAAGCUGGUAAAAACUUGAGAGAACCUAGAACCAGUGGCUUAAUAUUACAAGGUCUCUUUGUUCUGUGUAAUAGGGGAACUUAACAGUUUUGUAAUGUUUUUCCUGUAUGGCUUCUCUAUAAAAUUAGGCAAAUGUUUUAGGAGGUAACUUUUUUGUUGUCCACUUAGGACAGGCUCAUUCAUUAACUGCUGGUAUGCUUAAGAAACUGUUUGACUGAAUUUGGUUUUCUGUGUUUGGAUGAUAUUAGAAAAAAUAAACCUGAAAGUUUUGUGGUUAGCAGUAUUUUGGUAGAAGAGAAGAGAUCCGUCUGUCUCUUUUUAUACCUUUUUUUUUUUUUCUCCUUUCCCAGUAUAAUCACCCUGGGUACUUCUCUCUAUUCCUACCCCUAUGGAUCUUUGUGUGCUUAUUUGAUCUCUCAGCAGCAGUUGACAGGCACUACUGACUACUUUUUCCUCCUUGAAACCCUUCCCAUGAGUUUCAUGAUAUUGCCUGGGCUCCUAUUUGUGACCUCUGUGUCAUUUGCAAAUUUUUCCUCCUUCAGUCAUUAAGUAUUAGAGUUUCAUAGGAUUCUCAUCUUUUCUCCUCCUCCCCACCCUUUUCCUUGAGUAAUCUCCAGUCCCAUAUCUUCAGUUAACAUCCUGUAUAUGUUAAUGGUUCGCAGAUCUGUAUUUUGAGUUCAGAUAUUUUUCUUGCACUCCAGAUCCAUAUUCUACCAGCUCACCAAAUGUUUGUUCUGUACCUAUAUUAAACCCAACAAGGCUAACACUUAACUGAUUGUUUUGUCCUCCCAACAGCAUUCCUUGAAGCCCUUUUUUGUUUUUGUUCCAGUAAAGGAUGGUACGACCAUCAGAGCCAGAACUGGGAUGUCGUUCUGAUUCUUUCUUCUCUUUCACCCACAGUUAACCCCAAAGUACUAUCAAUUUUAAAUCCGUAGUAUCUCUGGAAUCCAUUAUUGUAUUUUGCUUCACACCUUGGCACAGGCCACUAUAGUUUCUGAAACAGCCAGCUAACUGAUCUUUGAGUUCCAGUUUUACCUCUCCAUUCUAAACUGCAGUUAUGUCUGUCUUUCUCUGCUUAAAAUUCUUUAUAGUGGUUCUUUGUUGCCCUUUGAACUUUAACUUAACUACCUAGGUUGAAUAAUAAUACCAGCUAAUUCCGUGCUAAACAUACUCUCAAACCAAAUGAGUUAGGUAUUGUUAACCCUCAUUUAGCAAGUGAGACAAUUUAGAAAGGCUAACUAAUUUGUCCAAGGUUGCCUUAGCUGAUAAGUGGCUAGCACACUUUGAGCUGAGGCUUGCCAGACCAAAGUCCCUUCUCUUAACCACUGAGCCUUCCUAAGCUGGCCCCUGCUUACUUCAUCCUUUCUCCCCCCACACUACUCCACUUCAUAACCAACUGUUCGCAGUUCCUCCUUUUAGGGCAUACGCAAAACUUGCUCCCUAAGUUUAAAACUGCUUUUAGGAAAACAAACAUUUUCAAAAAGCAAUUCUGGCAAUUUUUUGAAACAUUCCAAAAAAGACAUGAGACACAGGAAAAAUAAGGGUAGUUUUCCAAUACAUGUGGUUAGUUUUGAAUUUUGAAGCUGUUGAAUUCCUCACAUUUAAUAAAGGCUUGAGACCAAGCUGUGUAAGAGGAAGAUUAGGCAAAGUGUGAAAGCACUUUAUCUUAGCUAUUUGAAAUGUUAAUGACCUCCAUAAAUAGCUGGACCUUGUGCUCUUUUUUCAGCCAGGUGUAUAAAGCAUCUAUCUGUGAACACAGAUCAAAUAAUCUACUGAGUAAUCUACUGAGUAAUUUAUCAGUAGGGUAGAUAGGCUACAUAUAUUAUUUUGCACCAAAUAUUAUAUAAUAAAAAAAGUUAAAUACUGAAGCCAACCUCAGUAAAAGGAAAAUUGAGGUAAACUGAGAAAUAGUUAUUUUGGAAUCAUUUUAAUUUCCUUUCUGUCUCCCCCUGCAAGCUUCCCCGCCAAACAUGUUUUAAAGCCAGAGGCUCUCCAUUGGACCAAAACAAUAGCCCUUUUGUCUGUGACUAUGGAAGCAACUUGAUGGUAAAGAAAAAAGAUAAAAUGGAUAAGCAUUUGGAAAUAUAGGUAAAGGUUGCCAAUAUUUGUUUCUUGGAAAGGGUUGAAUUACCUACAGCCAAGAGUUAAAGGAAUGAAUCUGAAGUCUGCUGCAGUAAAACACUGAAGGCUUUAAAAUGUUUUCUUGCAUAAAACUCAAACUUUAAGUAACUGCUUAUGAGGAUAGGGAAGGCAGGAAGCUAAUGUCUGUCUCAAGAUACAGGACAGCUGUUUGCUCAUCAACCUCAACUGUAUCUAAAUGUGAACGGUAAAAUAAACUUAGCAGAAAAAUAUAGGAGCGUGUCUUCAUGACUUUGGAGUAGACAAAAAUUUCUUAAAUAGCAUACAAAAAGUACUAACUAUAAGGAAGAAUUGAAAAUUUGGACAAAAUUCAGAUUAAGAUGAAUUUUGGUCUCAAAACCAUUCAGAAUGAAAAGACAAGCCACGGAGUAGGUGACAUACUAAGCAAAUGGCAAACAAUUCAAUAGAAAAAAUGCACAAAGGAUCGUCAAAUGGCCACGCAAGCAACAGCAGGAAAGCCAACCUGACAUAGGGAACUGGGAACUGCUAUACAGAGAGAGAACUACAAAGCAUCCUCAGUACAGUAGGAACCUUAAUCCAAAGUCCCUAUACUUUUAUCAGAUAAAAAUUGUGUUCCAUGAAGAAAGCAACUAAUCCAGCUCUCAACUUGAACAGUUGCACAGGUGUGCAACAGAGGAACAUGGCUCAAGAAACUAAUCACAGCCAAGUGCCUAUGCUUUGUUCCACUGGCUGCGGAUUUUAUGGAAAUCCUCGUACAAAUGGCAUGUGUUCAGUGUGCUAUAAAGAACAUCUUCAAAGACAGAAUAGUAGUAAUGGUAGAAUAAGCCCACCUGAUAAGGUCUUGGACUGCCCAGAGUACAGAAUCACUAAUAUGAAGUGUGGUACUCUUACAGCAACUUCUGUCAGUAGUCUGUCUGAAUCUUUACCAGUUCAGUGCACAGAUGGCAGUGUCCCAGAAGCUCAGUCGUUAGACUUUACGUGUUCAUCUAUGCAGCCAAGCCCUGUAUCAAAUCAGUCACUUUUAUCAGAAUCUGUAGCAUCUUCCCAAGUGGACAGCACAUCUCUGGACAAAGCAAUACCUGAAACAGAAGAUCUGCAAGGACCCAGAGCAGAGGGCCUUGUUCCUCUUGAAUGUGAUCCUCCAUCUUCAGUACCAGAUACAGCACAGCAGCCACCUGAAGAGCAAAACAAGUCUCUUGAAAAACCAAAACAAAAAAAGAAUCGCUGUUUCAUGUGUAGGAAGAAAGUGGGACUUACUGGGUUUGAAUGCCGGUGUGGAAAUGUUUACUGUGGUGUACACCGUUACUCAGAUGUACACAAUUGCUCUUACAAUUACAAAGCUGAUGCUGCUGAGAAAAUCAGAAAAGAAAAUCCAGUAGUUGUUGGUGAAAAGAUCCAGAAGAUUUGAACUUCUGCUGGAAUACAAAAUCCUUUGACCAUCUGCAAACUCAAAGUUGACUUGAGCUUUUUUUUCCUAGUCAUUGGGAAUGUAGAGCAAUGUAUCUCGCAUAGACCUUUUAAUCAUGCAUGUCAUCAGAAGAAUAGAUUUUUGUUUUUGUUUUGAAAAUGACUCUGAACAUUUAUUUCCAUUGCAGUUUCUGUGGCUGAAAAGACUUAAGUAAACUUUACAAGUAUUAUCCUUUUAAGAUCAUUUUAAUUUUAGUUGAGUACAGAGGGCUUUUUAUAACAAACGUGGAGAAAUUUCGGAGGGCUGUGAUUUUUUCAGUAUUAAAACAUGCAUGCAUUAAUCUUGCAGUUUAUUUUCUCAUUGUGUAUGUAUAUAUAGCUUUUCUCUGCAGCACGAUUUCUCUUUUGAUAAUGCCUCUUAGGGCGCAACUAGUUAUCGUAACUGAAUGUAUCUUAAUCAUUAUGGCUGCUUCUGUUUUUUCAUUAACAAAGGUUAUACAUAUGUUAGCAUAUAGUUUCUUUGCACCCACUAUUUAUGUCUGAAUCAUUUGUCACAGGAGAGUGUGUGCUGAUGAGACUCUUAAGUUUGUGUGGUUUAAAUUUUUUUUUGA